CCCUCCCGUAUUAGGUCGCGAAAAGGCCGCGCGCCCUGUGCCGUUUCGCCUUCGGCACUCAAAGGCGCCCACGUUUGCGGCGCAGGGACCUGCUCGGUCUCGAAGCCUUGCGCCCUUCCCUCGGUUCUUUUUUUUGGCUCUUCUCAUGACGAAGCACCAGCUCCAUUUAUCUGUUUAGAUUAUGACUAGAACUUCGUCUUUGCUUCUGUUGCGCAGCUGCUUUCCAGAUUAGCAAUCAAUGCAAUCGGCGCCGUUUCGUCGCUGCGUUUGCAUUUGACGAUGAGACCCACAAAUCACAGCAGCGCCGUGCUAUGCUAUUUUAGUAUAGGUCCCUUCUCACUGCACGGCGGCGAAAUACAGACUCGAGACGCACCCUUGUGCCCUAACAAUCUGAGCAGAGAACUUCUAUUUGUUAUCCUGUCUAGUCUCUACUUCCAGUUGUGGCUUUAUUAGAACUAUUUACCUCUUCUUCUUAUACGCAUCCCAGAAUCCGCACAGCAGAUUGCAAGAUCGGGAGAGCGCCGACUCUCGGCCGCCUUGCAGGAAUCAACUCAAUCACCAAAAGCUGAACGGAUGCGCGUUUUCAUUUUCUCGCCUCGCUAGGCCCCAGGUGAGCUGGCUCCGGCCUCUUCGCCUGGUGGUGCUUGUGGUUGUGAAAUACGAUUAGAAAUUCGAUUGGCCGCACUAUUUCCUUCGAACUUGAUUUUUGUCUUAUGUGAUGAGAAUGCAAAAUGAAACUCUUUCCGCAACUUGGUUGAUGAACUUAUUUAUUAAAUGCUAUCUCGAGGUUGAUUCUAGUGCUCUUGUUUCUCGCGGAUGAUGAACGGUAUUGAGACUCGACGCGUGGCUUGGUCUUCAUCAAGCUGUGCGCAAAAUUAUCUUCAGCCACCUAUUGUCUGACGCGACAGCACAACAGAACACUGCUACCCGAUCUGCCUAGAAAAGCAUGGGUAGUGAAAACCUCGCCAAAAGACCACUUCACCUCUAUAAUUAAUCCUGCUGUUUAGGUUUUCAAUAGAAAAAACUCGAUCCGAUGCACUGUGUCACCUGUACUGGAAGUAGAG